CUAGACACGCUGGAAACACGGCGCCUUCGUGUCCGGCACGCGUUGGACCGAGUUUGUUGGUGCCACGGUCAGCGACUUUUGGGAUUCCAAGUGCGAUCUUUCUUUCUCGAACUGGAGCCGCACCAAAAUCCCUUAUCAUACCUCCGACUACCCCCAGCAUUCUCGACCCUCAGCCUCACCAACGAUCUCGGCGAAGGUGAUCACCACCAACCCGCCUCUGGCCAGAACGCCAUGGAGUCUCGCCGACCUCGAUCGAGCCAUAAAGUUUCCAUGACCUGGCUCGAGGACGAGGCCACGGUAACACGCCACCGGACGAUGCAGUUUGCCGAGGAGUGUAUCGAGACGAAGACGGUUACAACCACAACCACAACAAAGCGCUCAUACCCACCCCUCUUUCUCCGAGAACCGCGGGAUGUCCAUUCGCUCGACUCCAAAGAAUACCCCCUUGCCGCGCGGCCCACUCCGCCUGAGUUGCGAAGGCUGACAUUCAACCUUGACGACGAAAUCAAGGGCUGGGUCAAUGACGAAGAUGUAGAUGCUCAGCAGGCUCAAGAAUUUCAGACAACUGACUAUGCCGCGAAUAUCAAAUCUGAGCCCGGUGCCGAAAGCCCGCUGUCGACUUCGUCCCACCCUCCGAAUGACGUCCCGGGACCGCACCCGCGAAGGUCGCGUCGGUCAACUGCGAAAGCCGUUUCACCGAGCUAUACGCCGAUGCCGGCCAGAAGUACCCGUUCGGUCUCAAAACCUACCGCCAUGCCACUCCUCGCCUCUGAUAAAUUGCGCCGGGCUGUAGCACGCGGCACGCGUAAGGAGACCGCCAGGAUACUGCGUCACCCCUCGAACUACCUAGCCACGCCCACUACCUCCGACGUCGCUAGCGGCCGUAUGGAACGAGUCUCUCGGCUGAGGCCUGUGCCAGCAUAUGCCGUCGACUCUGGAGCGAGCCAGUCCACUUCCGUUUACGAUGCAGAUAGCGUUGCAGACAGUGACUCGCAAACGUUUAGCAAUGUCGCGACGCCGCCUGUCACGGACGCCGAGCUUCCACCCUUCGAGGACCCCGAUGACUCGCUGCCCGACACUACCCAUGGGCCGCAUUCGAGACGGGGCAUCAGCCAGGUAGCCGCUCAGGACGUCAGCCUUCCUAGUCCGCGGAUGUCGCCAACAUUAGUGGCCACCCAACUACAACCCAGCCAGGCCGAAGAUGAAGGCGAAGAAGCCGAGAACGCUUCCUUUUCAACGCAACUUACACGCUCCGGCCAACGACAGUGGAUGGACGACAGCCAGGCGACAGACGACACCGAGGUCCCGGGGGCGACGGAGCUGUCCCCUAUCCACUCUUCCAACUCUCUCUCUCGGUCAAAGCGCGCCUGGUCCUCAUACGUGGACCCCGGUUCCAUGCUGGAGAGCUUUAACGCCAUGCCAAAUGAGCUGAAGACGUGGAUGAUGUAUCAGUUCCUGCGGAGGUGUCCCCGGAAGACUCUUCAUGUGGUUGCCGAUGUUGUCAACCCCGCCCUCAAGUGCGACUUUCUCAAGCAGCUACCCAUCGAACUCAGUCUUCAUGUUCUGUCCUACUUGGAUCACCGCGACCUUUGCCGCGCGGCUCAGGUAUCCAAACAUUGGCGGCAUAUUGUGGAUGGCAAUGAAAGAGGCUGGAAGGAGCUCUUUGAUCGUGAUGGAUUCACCUUGCCGCCAGGAGAGCUCCAGAGAGCCAUUAACGAAGGCUGGGGGUGGCAAGAUCCGGUUGGAUUCGAGGGCUGUGAGGUUGACUUGAGCAAUCAAAGUCGACUGACUUCGAGUGAGACGGAGCUCAUUCGGUCCGCGGUCAAGGUGGAGAAAUCGGAGGUGCUGCCCAGGACCAGGAAUGCGAAGCGGAAGCGCGGCCUGACGCAGAUCAAUGCCGAUAGAGCCAAACGACGUGCUAGUGCCCAAGAGCCGAGAACGGAUAGAGGGUCGCCUCUUUCAAAGACGUACAGACUGGAGGGGCCGAUGUCCGCCGCCAACGCUGCGGCUAUUGCUGUUCCCGAUCCGCAGAUCGGGCUCCCCAGCCUGCGACAAAUGCACCUCUUCAAGUCGCUGUAUCGGAGGCACUACAUGUUCCGACAAAGCUGGAUGAGCGGGAAGGUUAAGCCUGGCCACGUUGCCUUUGCAGCCCAUCCCCGCCAUGUCAUCACCUGCCUGCAAUUUGACGACGACAAGAUCGUUACAGGCAGCGAUGACACCUUAAUACACGUUUACGACACCAAAACUGGCAAGCUGCGCACAAAGCUCGAAGGACAUGAGGGCGGCGUUUGGGCGCUGCAAUACGAGGGGAACACGCUGGUCUCGGGAAGCACGGACCGCUCUGUCCGUGUCUGGGAUAUCCAAAAGGGUAUCUGUACGCAGACAUUCUACGGGCACACCAGCACGGUGCGGUGCCUGCAGAUUCUUAUGCCUGCGGACACGGGCAAGGUUCAAGACGGCAAGCCGGUCAUGAUGCCGCCAAAGCCUCUCAUUAUCACAGGCUCCCGUGACAGCCAGUUGCGCGUCUGGCGCCUGCCCGAAGCGGGUUCCCGACGAUACAUCCAAACCGGCCCCCCGGCUAACGACGACCAAUGCCCGUUCUUCAUCCGAAUCCUUGCCGGGCAUACCCAUUCAGUCCGCGCCAUCUCGGCCCACGGAGACACUCUUGUCUCGGGCAGUUACGAUAGCACCGUCCGAGUCUGGCGCAUCAGCACCGGUGAGCAGCUGCACGUCCUACAUGGCCAUGUCCAGAAAGUAUACUCUGUGGUGCUUGAUCACAAGCGCAACCAGUGUAUCUCGGGCUCCAUGGACUCGCUGGUCAAGAUCUGGGACCUCCGCACGGGAACGUGUCUCCAUACUCUCGAAGGUCACAACAUGUUGGUUGGUCUCCUGGACUUGCGCGAUGAAAAGCUAGUUUCUGCCGCGGCGGACAGCACGUUGAGAAUCUGGGACCCGGAGAGUGGCAAGUGUAAGAAGACGCUCGAGGCGCACACAGGGGCUAUCACGUGCUUCCAGCACGAUGGGCGAAAAGUGAUAUCCGGAAGCGAGAAAACGGUCAAGAUGUGGGAUGUCGAAACGGGCGACUGUGUCCAGGACCUCUUAACCGACCUAAGCGGCGUCUGGCAGGUCAAAUUUGAUGACAGGCGGUGUGUGGCCGCUGUGCAGCGGGGGAGCCUCACCUAUGUUGAGAUUCUCGAUUUCGGUGCGGUCCGUGAUGGCAAGCCGCCCGAGGAGUUGGGCAAGCGAAGGCUGCUCAACGAAGCCGAAGUUCAGCGGUUGAUCGCCGAGGAGUCAUGAUAACGCUGAGCCAUGAGCCAUCCGGGUCCUCGUGCAGGUUUGGGUGCUCCAAGCCGUUUCAGCGUGGCCUCAUCUACGGCGAUCCU